AGAAAAAAAAAAUAUUUAUAUAUUCACUGAAUAUGAAGUCAUUGUAAUAAGACUCCAAUUUUAUUUUCGUCAUCCUGUUGUUGUCUUAGGAGAUAAAAGGGAAGAAACGAAAACAAAAAGGAAAUUAAAAAUCAGGCUAAAGCCUAUAGAAAAGAUGAUCAGAAAAUUUAUGGGUGGCGGGAUAUUAGAGAAAUCAGGUCAUUGUAUCCGGCCAUCUUCAUCUUCGUCGUCAUCAUCGGCAAAUCAGAAAACAACACAGAGGUGUUUACGAUUUCCGACAAGAUGCUUACCAUUUUCCGAUGAGUUUUCAUUACUUGGUCUUACACCAUAUGCAUCUAAAGCUGACGUCAAACAUGCUUAUAAACGAUUAGCUCUCAAGUAUCAUCCGGAUGUGAUUAAAGCUGGAGAGAACAAUGAAAAACAAGAAACUUUUAAAGAAAUCAAAUCUGCAUACGAGGUGAAGGAACCAAUCCUCAAAAUGAAGAACCCGAAGCUCAAAACAACCAGACCCUUAUGGAUAGAUUUGAGGUGGAAGAGGAGUCCGAGACGACGGAGGAUUAUGACGAGUUUGAUGAAUGGGAUGAAUGGAUGGGAUUUGAGGGAGGGAUUCCAGUAAUUUAUAAUCCGUCAUGAAUCGUUAUUUUAAUUUUAAUUUGUUUUAAUUUAGACUCAAUUAAUUAAUGCUAAUUCAAUUAGCAAACAUUUGAAGUUCCUGUAGAUUAAGCUCAAUUGUGUAAAGUAAAAGGUAAAAGGGAAUGAGUGAAAUUUGGGCACCAUGAUCU